AUGGAGCAAAAUGGCCUUGACCACGACAGCAGAUCUAGCAUCGAUACGACUAUUAAUGACACUCAAAAGACUUUCCUAGAAUUUAGAUCGUAUACCCAAUUAAGUGAAAAACUGGCAUCUAGUUCUUCAUAUACGGCACCUCCCCUGAACGAAGAUGGUCCUAAAGGGGUAGCUUCUGCAGUGUCACAAGGCUCCGAAUCCGUAGUCUCAUGGACAACUUUAACACACGUAUAUUCCAUCCUGGGUGCUUAUGGAGGGCCCACGUGCUUGUAUCCGACAGCCACGUAUUUUUUGAUGGGCACUUCUAAAGGAUGCGUACUCAUUUUUAAUUAUAAUGAACAUUUGCAGACAAUCCUAGUGCCGACCUUAUCUGAGGACCCUUCUAUUCACUCAAUAAGAAGUCCAGUGAAAUCAAUUGUCAUAUGUUCCGAUGGUACUCAUGUAGCUGCCUCAUACGAGACCGGAAAUAUAUGCAUUUGGAACUUGAACGUAGGGUAUAGAGUGAAACCCACUUCUGAACCAACAAAUGGUAUGACCCCAACGCCUGCCUUACCGGCAGUCUUACACAUCGAUGACCAUGUGAACAAGGAAAUCACAGGGUUAGACUUUUUUGGUGCUCGGCAUACAGCCCUGAUUGUUAGUGAUAGGACAGGUAAAGUAUCACUCUAUAACGGUUACAGAAGAGGCUUUUGGCAGUUGGUGUAUAAUUCAAAAAAAAUUUUAGAUGUGAACUCUUCCAAGGAGAAAUUAAUAAGGUCAAAGUUGUCUCCACUAAUAUCACGGGAGAAAAUUUCCACUAAUUUGUUGAGUGUACUCACAACUACACAUUUUGCCCUUAUUUUAUUAUCGCCACACGUUUCUUUGAUGUUUCAAGAAACUGUUGAACCCUCAGUACAAAAUUCUCUAGUCGUGAAUAGCUCUAUUUCAUGGACUCAAAACUGUUCCAGGGUUGCUUAUUCCGUAAAUAAUAAAAUUUCUGUUAUUUCCAUAUCUUCAUCAGACUUCAAUGUUCAGUCCGCUAGCCAUUCUCCUGAAUUUGCAGAAUCUAUAUUAUCCAUUCAAUGGAUUGACCAGCUCCUACUUGGUGUUUUAACCAUAUCGCACCAAUUUUUGGUAUUGCACCCCCAACAUGACUUCAAGAUCCUGUUAAGAUUGGAUUUUCUGAUUCACGAUUUGAUGAUCCCACCUAAUAAAUAUUUUGUAAUAAGUAGAAGAAGUUUCUACCUGUUAACAAACUACUCAUUUAAAAUUGGCAAAUUUGUGUCUUGGUCAGAUAUUACUUUAAGACAUAUUUUGAAAGGCGACUACUUGGGUGCAUUGGAGUUCAUAGAAUCACUUUUGCAACCUUACUGUCCACUGGCAAACUUGUUGAAGCUAGAUAAUAAUACGGAAGAGAGGACUAAGCAACUUAUGGAACCAUUUUACAAUCUGUCCUUGGCUGCCCUAAGGUUUCUUAUAAAAAAAGAUAAUGCCGACUACAAUAGGGUUUACCAAUUAUUAAUGGUAGUUGUUCGUGUUUUGCAGCAAUCUUCCAAAAAACUAGACUCAAUUCCUUCUCUAGACGUCUUUUUGGAACAGGGUCUGGAGUUCUUUGAAUUGAAGGACAACGCGGUAUAUUUUGAAGUUGUAGCAAAUAUUGUUGCCCAAGGAUCAGUUACGUCAAUUUCCCCAGUUCUUUUCAGGUCCAUAAUUGAUUACUAUGCUAAGGAGGAGAAUUUAAAAGUAAUUGAAGACUUAAUCAUCAUGUUAAAUCCUACUACGCUUGAUGUUGAUCUUGCCGUCAAACUAUGCCAAAAGUAUAAUUUGUUCGAUUUAUUAAUAUAUAUUUGGAACAAGAUCUUUGAUGAUUAUCAAACCCCAGUGGUGGACUUGAUAUACAGGAUUUCUAACCAAAGUGAAAAAUGUGUGAUCUUCAAUGGUCCUCAAGUACCUCCUGAAACGACUAUAUUUGAUUACGUAACGUAUAUCCUUACUGGCAGGCAAUAUCCACAAAACUUGUCUAUAUCACCAAGUGAUAAAUGCUCCAAAAUACAAAGGGAACUUUCAGCAUUUAUUUUUAGUGGCUUCUCCAUAAAAUGGCCGUCGAACAGCAAUCAUAAACUUUACAUAUGCGAAAAUCCAGAAGAAGAGCCAGCAUUUCCUUACUUUCACCUUUUAUUGAAAUCGAAUCCGAGUAGGUUCUUAGCAAUGCUCAAUGAAGUGUUUGAAGCGUCCUUGUUUAACGAUGACAAUGACAUGGUUGCAUCAGUUGGAGAAGCAGAAUUGGUAAGUAGGCAAUAUGUUAUUGAUCUACUAUUGGAUGCUAUGAAAGAUACGGGAAAUUCAGACAACAUCAGGGUACUUGUUGCAAUUUUCAUUGCAACUAGUAUAUCAAAAUAUCCUCAAUUUAUUAAAGUGUCUAACCAAGCCCUCGACUGCGUUGUUAAUACCAUAUGCUCCUCUAGGGUUCAAGGUAUAUAUGAAAUUUCUCAAAUAGCUCUGGAGUCGCUUUUACCCUAUUAUCAUUCAAGAACAACAGAAAAUUUUAUACUGGAACUAAAAGAAAAAAAUUUCAAUAAAGUUCUUUUCCAUAUCUAUAAAAGUGAAAAUAAGUACGCCAGUGCGCUUUCACUUAUUUUAGAAACUAAGGACAUCGAAAAAGAAUAUAACACGGACAUUGUAUCCAUAACCGACUACAUACUCAAAAAAUGCCCACCUGGAAGUUUAGAAUGUGGCAAAGUUACUGAAGUUAUCGAGACGAACUUUGAUCUUCUUCUCUCAAGGAUCGGUAUCGAAAAAUGCGUCACAAUUUUUUCUGACUUUGACUAUAAUCUUCAUCAAGAAAUCCUGGAAGUAAAGAAUGAGGAGACUCAGCAAAAGUAUUUGGAUAAGCUUUUUUCUACGCCAAAUAUCAACAAUAAGGUCGAUAAGCGUUUAAGAAAUUUACACAUCGAAUUGAACUGUAAAUACAAGAGCAAAAGGGAAAUGAUUCUUUGGCUUAAUGGUACAGUUCUCAGCAACGCUGAGAGCUUACAAAUUCUGGACUUAUUGAAUCAAGACUCUAAUUUUGAAGCUGCAGCUAUAAUUCACGAACGCUUGGAAAGUUUUAACCUAGCAGUCAGGGAUUUAUUAAGUUUUAUUGAACAAUGUCUAAAUGAAGGGAAAACAAAUAUAUCUACUUUAUUGGAAUCUUUGAGGAGGGCCUUUGAUGAUUGUAAUUCUGCUGGUACCGAGAAAAAAUCGUGUUGGAUAUUAUUGAUUACAUUCCUGAUCACUCUAUAUGGGAAAUAUCCUUCACACGAUGAAAGGAAAGAUUUAUGUAAUAAACUACUUCAAGAAGCAUUUUUGGGAUUGGUUAGGUCCAAGAGUUCCUCUCAGAAGGAUUCAGGUGGGGAAUUCUGGGAAAUAAUGUCUUCUGUUCUUGAGCACCAAGACGUUAUUUUAAUGAAAGUUCAGGAUUUAAAGCAACUGCUACUGAAUGUUUUUAAUACUUAUAAAUUGGAAAGAUCUCUUUCUGAGUUGAUUCAAAAGAUUAUAGAGGAUUCUUCGCAAGAUCUUGUUCAACAGUAUAGAAAAUUUCUGAGUGAAGGGUGGUCUAUACACACCGACGACUGCGAAAUCUGCGGGAAAAAAAUAUGGGGAGCUGGUCUGGACCCAUUACUUUUUCUAGCUUGGGAAAAUGUACAGCGCCACCAAGAUAUGAUUAGUGUAGAUCUCAAAACUCCCCUUGUCAUAUUCAAAUGUCACCAUGGCUUUCACCAGACUUGCCUCGAAAACUUGGCCCAGAAACCCGAUGAAUAUUCUUGUUUAAUUUGCCAGACGGAAUCUAACCCAAAAAUAGUAUAA